AUGGACGUUAAGGUUGCGCGAACUGAAAAGCCUUCAUACUAUGGAGGAGAUAAAUUCGAUGCAGAUGACGAAGAAUCCCAGAAACUAUAUAUUAAUGAUUGUCGACAGAAGCAGGCAGCACUGUACUCUCCUUUUUUAUUCAAGUCCACAUCAGCACAGCUUCUACUCAUGCCUCCCGAUUCAAGCGAACUUCUUGUCAUGAGUGGCCAAAGUCGUAUUCAUCUGUAUAUACGAGAAAAUCCAAAUGAAUUUCUAAAGAAUUGUGAAAACUCAGGUGAUUCGAGUCAUCAAGGUGUUGCAAAUCCCUCUGAAGUUGAUCUUGUUGUUUGUAAAUUGAGUAAUGUUUCUAUCCCUCGUUUUCCUCAAACUUUAACAUGUGAAGCCUCUUUAUUCCGUUCACAUGGACUACCCUUACUAGUAUGGCCCAAGUCACUUGACAAGGCAUAUAUUCAAAAGUAUUUAGAUGACAACUACCCAGAUUGCGGCUGUUGGUUUCGUGAACUGGAUAAAGUUAUUGGAUGGUUAGAACAGAAAUGGCGACCAUUAACCCGGAACUUGGGAAUUACUGGUACCGACGCAACUACUGAUGGUAUUAACCUGGAGAAAAGUUCGUGUAUACGCGGUUUCCCAGAACAAUGUGUUGCAAUGCUUUACUUGAGGAAAAGAUCAAUGCAGUACGAAAGGUAUGCUAGUCUACUACAGUCUUACUUUACUCAUCGUCUACAGUAUACUCCAGCCUUUCAUCAUAAUUCUAUACAUCGGGAACUUGUAGAACAUCACAAAGAAAGACUUAGCUGCCUAGCUGAAGAUGCUGGAUUUUUUAAUGUAGUUGGGAAUCGUCUUAUUCAGCUAAUCAAUAAAGCUUUAUCGACUGGAAAGACGCUUACUCUCAAUGUAAAUAACUUCACUUCAAGUAUUAGUGAUCCAGUUGUAAAGGAACAAUGCUUACAUGCUUUGCUACCUGUAAAUGAAGUGAAAAAUAUCAAACAAAAGACAAAAAGUCUCCGUACUACAGAUCACUAUGAUAGUGAUGCCAGUGACAUUUCUGGUCAUCUGUCUGAUGGUGACAAUACUGAGUCAGAGUAUGAUGAGGAGGAAUCACUAACAUCGGAUACAAAAAAAACAGUUAAUACGGAUGCAGUUAAACAAACUUCCAGUGAUUUACCGAAUCGACCAAUAAGUAAAGAGAUGAUGAGAAAUAAAGGAAUCGUAAAAUAUCGUCAUAAAAGAGAACGUAAUCCCAGAGUUCAUCUACGUCAUAAAUUCCGUAAGGCUACAAUUCGUUAUCGGUCACGUGUUGCACCUGUUCGUAAAGAGGAAAAACCAUAUGGCGGAGAGUUAAAGGGAAUACGUGUAAAUUUAGUCAAAUCACAUAAAUUUAAAAAAUAUUAG